GCAAGACAAUGUCCGAGAGGGCGGAUUUCACUUUGCUGGGCCUCCUGGGCGGCGGGACAAGCGGCUUACGCGGGCAUCCGCGUUUCUCCAUCGCCGUCUACAAGGCGGGGUCCAUUCUGGUGCUCUGGGACUACCUCAAGGACCGCAAACACAUGAUCCCCCCCUCGCCAUGGGCCUGGUCCUGCCGCCAGCUGGCAUUCGACGCCUCAGGCCGCCACCUGCUCGGCUUCGCCGUCAACAGCCUCAACGAGCUGGUGGUGACGGCCUGGCGCACCCGAGACGGGCAUGCAGUCUGCCAGGCGAACAUAUCCAACUCGGCGGCGUGCGACGACGUCUGCAUUGAUGGGCCGCUCGUAUCUACUCAUGAGACAUCGAGCGGUGGCGAGGGAGGGCCCGACAUUUAUGUGGCGGUGCAGGUGGCUGCUGUUGGAUUUAUCGGCGUCUAUGAGUGGAGGCCGCCCUCUCUGCAGCCAUUCGUCAAGACGCAAGACCGGCAGAAGGAGGGAGACAUCCAUGCAUCGGGCGAUGCUGGCUUCGAGACGCUGGCCUUUGCUCAUGUGGGUUCGACUGAGGACGUGAGAGCGGUUCGAUUCAUGCCCUUCGACGGUCAGAUGGUCACCCUGGAGCCAUAUCGGCUGUGCUUCUACCGGUGGCAAGCCAACGCCAUCGUGCUGCUCACUCGCCUCCACGUUAAGCAGCGCCUGAGCACUUUCGAAGUGCAUGCAGGCACGGGGCAGCUGCUGCUGCUGACUGAAAGUGGGCGGGCCGUCGUGCUGUCUUCUGAUGGCGCGGCGAUUACUGACAUCGAGCCACCCACGCCCUUUUCGAGUUUUGCGAGCAUUGCGACGGGAAACGAUUCGGUGGCGUUCGGCACACACGAGGGGAGCCUUCUCUUGUACCGGCGAGACGACUGGACGGUGCAAGCAACCAUCCCGCGACCAUCGAUUGAUGGGCUGGGCAUCCUUCACCCACACAAGGCGUUUCUGACGGUGGUGCACAUGGCUUGGGGAUCGGCUCAGGAUUAUCUGCUGCUGACUUAUGCCGACGGCACGACUGCAGUGGUACACGUCUCCAGCGGCAGAUACAUCAUGUACCGCCUCACACACACCGGACCUCUAUUCGGUGUGGCCAGCCCGGUGUCUCUGUCUUUGGCGAUGCCGCCAUCCCCCCUGCAAGAGCGCGAGACACUUAUUGCCUUCGUGACGUGCUCCCGACGCGACCCACACAUCAUCACGUGGCCCAGCGGCGGCCGACCGCCAUUCCGCACAAGCUUCCCCUCCUUCAAUGGCCCGCCAACCAUCGACAGACAGUCCAUCGACCCACAACCCCUUGAGUCAUUCUCGCCCUCCUUGAUGAUGCGCCAUCCGCCGGAUUGCCCAGAGUGGGUGCCGAUGGGUGUUGGUCGGGCAGUGGCGACACAGCAGGUGUGCUGUGUGGCGUUCCGGCCGCUGGUGCCCAUGAUGCCUCAGGGGCCGUCGCUCGUGAUGGUGGAAAGGAGUGGGAGUGAAGGAGAGAAUGGGGAUGUGAUUGGGGUGCUGCAGGGAGAGGGGCAGCUUUAUUGCGGAUGUGUGGACGGGUCUAUCUACGAGGCUCAGCUACAGACAAAGGACACAAAGCCCACGACUGUGGGAGCAGGGAAGAGCCGGACGAUUGAGGCGGACCCAACAGGUGAGUCCCUAAGGACGAUGUGCCUACCACAUUCUUUAUGGGCAGCUUUGUGGUAGGUCUCACCUCACUGUGUCCGCCUCUGCCCUACGAUUGGACAGCGGUCCGAGUGCGCCCCUUCCCACAUGAUGACCGCCAUACCGCCCCCAGUCGGCCAGAGGACGUCACAGCGCUGCCCUCCCCAUUCCCAGCACAACAAUCCAGGAGGGGACGGCCGUCGCCAUGCGUCUCGCUGGAGUUCUCGGCCGAGGGGCACUUGCUGCUGGCCACCUACGGCAAUGGGAUGGUGGAUCUGCUGAGGGCCCCACAGCUGGAGAGGGCGGAGAUGAUCGAGCCGCCAUUUCAGCAGGGAGAGGAGAGGCAUUACAAGAGGAAGGCUGUUCUGGUCCCUCGGGCAACAACACCAGACCACCACCGGAACAACCGGCAAGCGACCUCCUCUCUGAGCGGUCAGGGGAUGUGUGUGGUCACUGCUGCGCUGUCCUCUACGAAUAAGGUCGCAAGGGAGGCGGUGUUGUAUGAGCUGUAUCCCCUGGGGAAGUCUCUCGCAAAGUAUGCCUGUGUGGUAUACCGCCUGCCGUGGCGCCAUCAGCAGCUGAGCGAGCUCUGCCUGCACCCAUCUGGAUGUUUUCUCGUAGCUAUAGCCGUCCGGAACAAGCAGCCGCCCUCAGAGUCCCAACCAGCACCAGAACCAGCAGCUGAGGACACGAUCGCGAGAAGCGAGGAGAGACAUGAGAUGGCGAUGGCGUCUCCUGGUCUCGAUGUGGUGGUGUUUGAUUUGCUCACGGGGUCAGUGCUGGCGUGUGUAGACUUCCGCCCCUUCCCCCUGCUGCAGAUGUCCUCCCCACCUCGCCCCAUUGAGUGCGUGGCUGAUCCAACAGGCUGCUAUCUGCUCGUCGGCUGCAUUCUCUACGAGCCAGGCGAGUACAACAAGGGUGCACGUCGGCUGCCGCCAGAGGAGCACCAUGAGGAGGGGACGCUCGGCUGGCCCUUUCACCACACUCUAUACCCCGCCACACACCCUAUUCUUAAUCGCUAUCACCACAAGCAGCCUUCUGCUGCGGCAACACAGCCGAUGCACGAAGACGGAGGGAGAGGCCUUCGAGCCGUGUGUGUGCUGGACUUCUCUACUGGUCUGCCCGGCCCCCACCUUCUCGGAGACUUCAGCCGCAUCUCCUUUGCAGCGGCUGAUCCGUCGACCGUGCUGCUGGGGCACUCUGACGGGUCUCUUUCUGCCUGGCAGCUCCCAUCAACACUGCUGGCCGGCCAGGGGCAUGUGUGGAUGGACUGUCAGGAAGCCACCCAAAAGCCACUGCCCCGGGCCCAUCUGCUGGAGCCGCAGAAGCUUCGGGACCACUGGCGCGACGCAAUCGACUGGGACAAGUGGGGGGGCAACGCACGGAUCGACCACACACCCAUCGCCACUCGGGUGCACCAACCUGUGUUUGGCCGAUCCCCCGAGAUGACAGCCCUGCCACCGCCGGCAGCCGACGAUGUCGAGCGAGAGACACAAGAACGAGACACCCUCCCCACCCACCCGCUAUUCGCAGAGGCCCGUCAAUUUCCCCAAUCUGAGAUAGCCAUCGCACCCGGCACUCCUCUGCCGUCUCCGGACCUGCUUGCCACAAUGGAGGAUGCAGACGGCAAUGCGACGGCGGUAGUGCGUGCGCCGGAGCUGCUGCGCCGGUUCGGUGACGACCCUGCCGAUGCUGAGGACCCGAUCCCCUCCCUCACAAGAAAGAGAAUCGGACAUCUGGGAGUGACGGCAGAGCAGCAUUCAUCGAGGCCUGCAUCGCCUUUUGUGCAGGUGUCUCGGCCGGCGCUGCCCUCAUCCCCCCACACACAAGUGGCGAAAGGCAUCCCCAUGCUGCAUGGAGACGUGCCUGCGACUGCGGCUGUGGGUGUCGGUGGCAAGAAGGAGGGCGGUAGAGUGGUGUCUCCUGGUGGUGGUGGUGGUGGUUGGGGUGAGGCCGCAGUGGAUGCGUUGAGGUUUCAUGUGGUUGAGGAGACACUAAGGGAUCUGCAUGAGUUUGAGCAGAGGCUGGCUAAGGAGGAUGGGGAUGGUGUGGGAGGAGAGGAGUACAGUGACAGUGGCAAUGGCAAUGGCAAAGAAUGAGCGGCUGAGUGAUGUUUGUGUGGAUGUGCGGCUUGAUUGG